CGAACCAUUCCUAAAAUCAUCCCUUGUGAUGGUCUUAGAAGGACAGCAGGAAGGCCCAGCUGAUUGGAGGAAGAAAAACUGUAUUCUAACAGAACAAACUAUUUAUUUCUUUUAACAAAAAUGAUGAUGUGAUGAACACAGAGCCUAUUUCUUUUUCUCUGUUGACAACAGCAGCUGUCUAUAAGGGAAAUAAUCCUGGCUAUCGGUCUAAAAUUCAGAUCUGCAGGACACCCUACAUCUAUUUUGUUGAACUUAAGUUUAAAAGUAAAAGAAGGAUAAUUACUAUGAACUCAAAGACAAAAGCUAAGGAUUGGGUUAAAACUAUAAACCUUCGUCAUAACUACCUCAGAGUAGCAGAUGGCUGAAAUACAGCCCAACGGAAGAAGUUAAAUCAAUGGAUGGAACAAAUGGAUAGUAAUAAUGGUAUCAUUGAGCUACAUCUCAGUAUGAUCACUGAUGAGACAUAUCCAAUCCUGAAAAAGUUCCUCAAGAAUGCUCACAUCAGAGUCCCUAAUAUCUAUGUUAAAGAGGAGAAAUUUAAGGAAAUUAGAAAAAUUGCAGGGGCUAAAGAGAUCGAUGAAGAAGAAUACAACACAAAGAAGUUCAACUGGGACACUGAUAUUAGUAAGAAAGGAAUGAAUGUCCAAAAAAUGAUGGAUCUGAUUCUUGAUUUACCUAAAGAGAACGAUCAGAAUGGUAAAAGCACGAAACGAGGAAAGGCUUUAAAGCGCUUCAAAGAUAUCAUCAUUCAUUAUAUGACCAAUACUAACCAUAAGGCUAAUUUUAAGUAUGAACAGCUCUCAGAUUCCUUUGAGGUCGCUUCUGACAAUAGUUACAUUGGCGAUCUUGUUGAUAAAGAGCCAGAGAAUUAUGACGACUCUGAAGAAGAUGACUACCUCUGGCAAAAGAACCAAACUCUACUUAACAAUGAAGAGCUUUUUAAAGCUGCUGAACGGAACGAUCUUUUCACACUUGAAGUCCUCUGAGAAGGCUACAAUAAAAUAGGAAUUGACAUACCAGAAAGAGUCAAGCAAAAAGUAUGGCAAUUAAAGAAUGAGGCCCGCUAUGUCACAGAAAAUCUUGUAAAAGUCGUUAAUAUGGAUACCGAGAACGACCACGAGCUUAACGAUCUUCUUGACAUCUGUCUCUCUAAAGCUAAGAACAUUGGAAUGAGAGGUGAGCUUAUUGACAUCGGAUAUGCUAUCAAAGAUUUCAGAGAUAGAGCAACCUCGGAGCUCAUUGAUAUUCCAAAGAAAAAUUGAAACUUUAAGCAAGAAGAAUUUUCAGAAAUGGAAUUCUUCCAGAUUUUUGACAAAAAGGAAACCUACAGUGAUACAAAUUUCGCAAAGAUAUUUGAAAAUGGAAACUUGCUUGACAACUUAAACCAAGUUAUUACUGGAGAUAAGAAUGGUGUGAAGGAUGAAAGUCUGACUUCUGAGUCUCAAAGUGAAGUAUCUGUUAGUAAUACCACCUCGAAAGGAUACAUCACUUGAAAUGUUUGCAAGAAUCAUAUCAGUAUAUCAAAAUAUAAAGAGCAUUCAGCAAAGGAGACUAUGAGAUCAAGAAUUGGGAGUACUCAUCUUUCUCAUACCUCAAACAUCAGUAAAUUCCCUGCCUCGAAUAGAUCAGGAGACAGGUUCAGACCGAGUGUUCUUUCAGGAGUUCUUAAUAAUCCUAAAGGAAUUAGCAGGCAAAUGGAAUCAUUUGGUAACCUUGAAAUCGAAAAUAAGAAAAUAUCCUCUGAACUCUCCAAAAAGUUUAUGAAAACUGUUCAGAAAAAUGAUAAAAAUAGGCUUUUAAGUAGAACUUCUAAUAACGGAGAUAUCGAUGGUGAUUCACCAAAUCUUAAAGGUCCUGUAACAAAUAACUUUGCUUUUGAUCCACGUAAAGAAAAGCAGCAGCAUCUGUAUAAUUUCGAAAAUCAUUCCUUUGGGAAGAAGGAUAGCUUUAAAAUGAGACAAAUGCCUCCAGAAUUGCCGACUAAAGAUGAACUAAGACUUUCUGGAUUACCAAAGAGUAAUAGGAGGUCACAAUUAUUUAUCCAGCUCUUUAAUCAAAGCAAUAUCAAAGAAGAGUCUAAAGAUCCCACUACUACAAUUAAUGACGAAAUGAACAAAAAUUGUAGUGGCUACCAAUCCUCUAAUGAUAGUACAAUUCACAAAGAUGAAGAAGGAGGAUCUUCUAAAGUACCUAAAUUCUUAAAGCCAGCUCCUGCACCUACUAGAAAUCCCUCAAGACCCAAUCUCAAAACUUCAAAUAUUGAAUUAGACAAUGUGCUUCAUAAGAAUGCAUCACAAGUUCUUCUUAUCAGAAAGCACAAGACUGAAACAGAAGAGGGUGCAAAGAAAGAUGAAAUCACUGUUUCAAAGCCAAGAACCUUUGAAAAUUUGACUGAAAAAGAAGCUAAAGAUCACCAAUUUGAAGAAGAUAAAGGCCAAGAGCCCCAUCCAGAGGAGGCUGAAGAAGAUGAUAUUUUGGAUCAAGAUGAAAUCUUCCUUGGAAGUCCGAUCAAACAACUAAAUUUGCUUAAGCAUCAGAGCCAACCUUCAUUCAAGUCUUUGAAAAAUGCAGAGCCAAUCCAGGACUUUAAGAAAGAUGCUGAUCAGUCACCUUAUAAGAAAGGAGCUGAUAAUUCCUACUCCACUGUUAGGAGAUCUAGUGCUAAAAAUUCCGAGCAAGAUUCAAGUGUGAAUCCCUCAACAAUUCGUAACACAAAGCUAACUCUGUUAGAAAUAAUGGAACAAAAGAUAAGCAAGACGAACAGAAGUAACCUCUCUAAAAAAGUUCUUUCAAAAGCAGAGAACAAAGAGAUUCUGAACAAGAAGCUUGAUGUAGCUUUUGACGCCCUUCCUUCCAGUAGUGAUGAGCCUAAUGAUGAAGAAUAUUAUUAACCCAAUAUUUCAAUACUUAAGAAUCCU